AUGGCAGGUUUAUCUCGAAGAUUCCUCUCUUGGGACCCUAAAUUCACCCGGCGCAAUGAAAAGCUGUACGGAGUAGAGAACGAGACAGUUCCAGACGUCCCGGGCGUUACUGGAAAGAUCGAAGGCUUUCUCUCUCUGCGUGUGCAUAGGCUUAUGCCUGAGCAAUACAGCUAUGCUGCCCUUCGAGAGUUCCUUAAUCGCGAGCCGGAUGACGUGAAGAAAUUGGAAGGAAAAGUCCCUAUAUUAGAGGGAUCGCAGGAUUUCCAAAAGGUCAUAUUGCUUGAUGAACGGAGAGAUCCAUCCAAACCCAAUGCCUCUUUGUCUCGUUAUUGGGCAGAGUACACCCAGUAUCCGCCGGAGGGCGAAGCAAAAUGCCUUGAAGCUCUCAACGCGAAAGGCCUCUAUGAUAAACUCAUAAAGAAACGCGAACACCUCGGGACAAGCUCGCCAGAGCGUCGAAGCAUGUAA